UCAUUUAGAUUCAUUAUUUAUACUAAUUGAAAACCUUCAGAGCAGAGACACUGAUGGUGCAGUGAAAUGGAAGCAGAGUAUCUGGUGUCUGAAGUCUGAGUUCAAAGUGCUGGAGGAGGCCUGGUUUCUGUUGGUGAGAUUAAGAGUUUCUACUAAGGGGUCAAGUGUUUCCUUCCCCAUGGAUCCCCUCGCUGCCAAGUUCACCGGCCUAGCCCGCAAGGACCUUUCCUCAGCCCACCAACGGUACGGGGCGAGCUCCGCGGGUCUGCCAUCCUCCAUCAAUCACCGUGGCUGGAGAAUCCCUUACCUCCGCUCCACUCCUCUGGCUGUGCCUCGUCCCACCGUCCCACCGUCCCACCGUCCCACCAGCUCUGUCAGGCUCCUCCUUCCCUUCGGCUCCUCCAGUUCCACUGUGGCCUUCUGGUUCUACGCCUCCGCCUCGGUCGCUGGCACCAUCUGCUCUGCCUUGGCUCCUCCAGAUCCUCCCCGUCAGCCGUCGCCCUGGCUCAUCGGCCCUCCGUCUCCACCUCGGGCUCCUCCGCCACCUGCUCUCCUUUUGGCCACCUGCACCUUUAAAGCCAGACUAAGCAUAAAUGAUCGCUGCUCGUAUGUAUCAUAUACCAAUAGAGGAAGCUUGAGUCAGAGCUGUGAUCUGUGGAAUUAGGGGACCAUUGAGUCACCCAUAGCUGGGGAAUUACGGCUUAUUGCCAAUCUCUGGAACUAUUCAGAGUGCCGUUAUUAGGUUGAGACCGUAUUCAAAUUAGAGAAUGUGUGUGUGAUAGAGCAAGCAAAAUAAGAAAACUUUAAAAAUUUUGUAGACAUUGUUGUAUAAUUUUAAUUUUCAUGCAAAUAACUUCCUGCUAUUCAACUCUAUCAGCACACAUUUCAAAUAUAUUCUAGCACAGCGGGUGCAAUUAUCUGAGAUGAAUGGUGAAUUAAAAAAAGUUUCAGCUAGAAUUCAUUACGUAAAUGUCAGUCAUUUAGCUGACACAACUGAGCUGUUGACUUGACACAUUUUGUCACCACAUGACAACGUGGAAUAAAUGUCACUGAUGUGUGCUGCUAAUUGGAUUGUUCUGUAUUAUUAUUAUGUUUUUUUGUGAUCAUAACGGGCAAUCACAUCACUCUAAUAUCAUCACUGAAUUUCUCUCUCAGUGGGAGGUUGUUUUUCAAGCAUGAUCAUUACUAUGACUUUGCAAAUAUGCAGGACUAAUAUAUCAUGUUUUUUUCUAUUUUCAGUUGUUAACUGAGGUUAAUUUGUAUCAUUUUCUGUUUGAGAAUUAUUAUUUUUUUACUAUUUAUUAUUUAUACACAUUUGUUUCUCAUCGGCAGCUCCAGCUGUAAGACAGGUCAGGAUGGGCUUGAUAGGUAGGCAGAUGGAAUUCUGUGUUUUGCAUUAAAUUAAACCACCAAAACAAGUAUAUUAGCAACAUCAUCAUGGUUUUCUUUACCAGUCUUUAGAAGAAUGAAUUUCUUUUGUAUGUCUACAGGAUCUGUCUUACAGUACAGUUGAUAUAAACCAUGUAUUCUUUUGCAGUUUAUUGUAAAGCUGUUUCUCAAGUCUCAAUUAUCAAAGCAAAUUCCUUUCAAGUGUUCAUUUUGGAUCUUGGUUCGGAUAUUCAAUGCUAUGUGGGUCAAAAAUUCAGCAAUUUCCUGUUUCACAAUUUUCUUGUGACUUUGCGGUAUGCUAAUUUAUGGGCUUCAAUUGCCACUCAAGACGUCAAGGCCUGUUGUGUAAUAUUCCAUCUGGUAGUAAUUAGCAUUACAUUAGAGACUGUGCAACAGUUCAGCUGAGCUUACAGAAUUAAAUGGUGGAAAAACGGAUCAGUGGACCCUUCCAUUGUUUCAUUAAGCAA